AUGUCCGCCUUGACCAACAGAGUUGUUCCAGCUGUAUUGACCAGGAUCAAACCCAAGUUAACCGACAUCAGCCAUUCAGAUCGUACUGCCUUGAUAAGGGAACUCAAUGAAGUCGCGGGGCUUGCACAUGCGUUCUCGAAACAACGCCCUAAGUCGACCAAAAACUGGCAGGAGAUUGCGGACAGCCUGGACAAUGAAGGUGUGGGCGUGUGGAACGCUUCCGGUAUCCUUCGUCAGAACUCCGACACAGGAAGCCGCGCGCUCUUCGCUGCUCUGCGAGCGGCUGGGUUCCGCUUGAUAGAAGCCGGGCUGGAAACAAAGCCUGGAGUCGAGACUUUGGCGCAUGCACUCCAGUUGGCCAGCAAAGCAGGCGCGGCUCUAUCAGAAGUGGGGAACAACGAUGCCGCCGCCAGCAUACUCGGAUCCGCCGCUGUCUUCGAAGAGACCCUCAGGAGUGCCGAUGACCCGGGGGGCGCCCACGAGCAAGCGAGGGCGCGUGCGACGAUCAAUUACUUUACAUGCCGCAUGGAGGCCGCCUGGCGUGAAGGCAAUGACGGAGUUGCCCAUUUCAUGUUACAGAAGAUCACCGAAACAGACCAUCAGCGUUUCGCACUUGUGCUACCCCAGGACCGCGAGGAGGUCGCCGCGAAAGUGAUGCAAAUAGGUCGAUCCUACCUCAAAGUGCCUGAGAGUGAACGUGCGUUGGGAAUCACUGCGAAGCGCGCACAGGAGGCAGUUCGCUGGUUGCAGAAAGCGUUUUCCCUAGUAGAGCACAUUGACGUUGCCGCUACCCCGGGCCUUGCGGAGUUGAAGCGAUCCGUUCUGCGGAGCCUCGCUCGCGCGUAUUACCACUCCUCCUCGCAGGAUCCGGAGAAUCUCACGCGUGCAGAAGCCACCCUCCGGGAGCUUCUCGCAUCCGUCAACGAAUCGCCCCAAACGGGUAAGCCGGAGUAUCAGCAACUAAGAUGGAUGCGGAUUGCGGUGUUGAAGCGGCGCAAGGCGCCCGAUUCGCUGCUUCUGGACGCAUUUUAUGAUGUUAUCGAUCACAUGAGCUAUACAGAUGAAGAUGUCGCCGAUGUCCUACAAGAUCUGCGGACUCUAAACCAACAACACGAUCUGGUAACGUCUGCCACAGGACAUCUGAUACGCCGCGCGCUGGCGGCCCCCGACGACGCCGGUGCUGCGUUCGUUGGGAAGUUGUUACUCUCGUUCAUCUACCACGUAUCCAAAGGCACCGAUCACAAGCAAGCUCUCGUGGAAUUGAGCAAUGUAUUGACAUCUAUUGUGGAGACGGGCUUUGACCUCCCGAAGGUCCCAGCCGCGGCCUGCCUCACGCUCCUGUGGCAGCGUGGUGAACGUCAUUACCUCGCGAAGGCCUAUAGUCCGGCUGCGGACUGGUAUCUCAUCGGCACACAUGAGGUCUUUCAAAGCAUCGGAACCCCAGCGGUGACGAAAUGCUACCGGAAGGCGGCCUUGUGCCAUAUACACCUGAAGGAGUUCUCGCGAGCAUCCGAGGUAGUAAGACGUUGUCCAUUGAAUGAAGCCGCCACGAAUUACAUUGUGUUUCUUGGAGCCGCUUACCAAGGUUUAGAAGAUGAAGCAAUCGACGCCGUGGAGCGCAUGGUCAAUGCACCUGACUUCGAUCGAAAGAUGCUCCUUUUGGCUACCAAGUUGGCUCAUGAGUCCGACAUGAGCGCCUUGCUGUUGUCCGUCCUCGAAGCGUUGAUAGCAACAUUGGAGGCCAAGGAAGGGUUUCAGUCGGCAGUUGAAGUAAUCACCCUUUCUCGAUGUUGCAUUAGGUUAAUCAUGAGGCUACUGGACGAACACAAGCUGCAGGCCCCACCACUGGUGCAACGGCUGCUCAGACAUAUUGGUACAGCUCUUCGCCUAGUUGAAGAGACCAGGGAAAAGGAAGGCAUAGCGGCAAUAGCCAAAGAAGUGUCGUGGCUUUGGCGAACAGCGUACAACUGCGCCGUUGAGGGAUGCAGUGAACGACCGGAAUAUGGGAAUAGCGUGCCCGAGCUGUUUGACUUCGCACGACAGUUGCUAGAAGUAUAUUGCGCACAUAUGAUCGAUGCACAUCCAGACCUGUAUGUUCACAUCAUCCAGGCAUCGUUCUGCGCAACAGCCGCCAGGGUUUUUGCUCUUCGAGAGGAAUUCGCGGCAAACGAGUGUCCUACAGAUCGUUUACGCGAGACCUUCUCCGACGUUACGGCCUGCAAGACAAGGGUGGAAGUUAUCCUCAAGAGUGGCAAGUUGAGCACGGAUGAAUACACCGGCCGCGCUCGAUCGUUCGUUCAUCUGCUGCGCGUCUUCCAAGUCGAGAUGUCUUCGCGAUUGCAAGCCUGGGAUGAUGUCCUGAACACGAUCCAGGAACUCACACAGGCGGAUCAGGAUGUCGGGAGGACGUACGAGGCCAUAGCCGAUAUCCUCUGGGCCGAAAAGGAUUGUCCUUCGGGUGUGCUCUAUACUGCACUCGAGGGUCUCUUGCAUGCCAGCCUCGACCGGAAUAGUAUCACCGUGGAUAAGUUCUCGCGCUGGCUUCGCGCCAUCUGUACCAUUCUGCUGGCCAAGGGCCAGCCCGCGGAGCGAAUCAGGGCGGUGGGCUACAUGGACCAGGCGAUCGCUGUGCUCCAGGAGAUCCAAGAGAACGGUGGAGCGGAAGCGAAUGAGUACCCACAAGACGAGCGUCUCUGGCUCCUCAGUACCGCGUAUAACACGGGGAUUGAAUGCCUCUACGCCUCCUUAUUGGACGAGGCCAAACGCUGGUUCGAGCUAUCCACAGUUAUGUGCAGGUAUGUCCCCGAUGGACCGCAACGCGCCGAAAAGAUCUCGGAUACAUACACCAAGUUGCUAUCGCAGUUCACUGUAUGAUGCUCAGGCUACAUCAGCCAUUAAGUUCUCUAUAUUUUCCUUGUUGCUAUCGUGUCGCUGAUGUAUAAUUGCACGUAUACCGCCGAUUGGACAGUCCUUAUAAUAUCGUAUUGCUGUCGCUGUAUGAUUAUCCACGCGACAGAAUUGUAUUCUUACUAUCAUUUUGUAGCCCUACGCAUUGAUGUACGUUGCAGCCAAUCCACAGAUCGCACAAAACACGGGCGUGUGAUCACGUCCCGCGAUGGCUGUUUGGCGCAGCGCAUACACCCGCAAACGCGCAUGUAUGCGUCUAGGAAAGCCCGAAAUCGCGAAGAUGGUAAAGCAAUACGCGUCCGCGGCUGUUCCCGAUCGCGACGUACUCGCUGCCCGCCGAGAAGUCAACGGCGUUGACAUGCCCAAGGGGCGUUCCGGACGUGGGCCAAUUCGAGAAUGCAGUGAGCGAAGGGAGGUGAAUCAAGCGCAUCUGGUCCUUCUUCACGCUGCUUGCGAUCGCGAGCAGCUGCGCGUCGUGGUUGAACCGGAGCGCCGACACGGCGGUCGUGAGGUUACCGAUCGCCUUCAGGCUUUUCGGCCUCGCCACCACAUCCGUGCUUGGGUCCGUCUCGUCGUUCGAGUACACGUUCACAUAUCCCGUCGCGGACCCGAUUGCGGUAUACCGCCCCCGGGCAUCGCCUGCGAGCACCCGUCCGCCGUACGCGCCUUCGUCCCGCCACCGCCGCAUGCAGCGCCGCCCGCGCACGUCCCACAUGUACAUUUCCCCAUCUUCGCCGAGCACGUGUAGCGUGCCCUCUCGCCGUGCGUCCCACAAUAAGCUGCGUGCCCCCCUGUCUGCCGUCGCCUUGAUCGAGGCGACGACCUGACCCGAGCCCGCACCUGCAGCCCAGUCAAGCAGGUGUACAGCGCCGCGCCGCCCGGGAAUCGCGAGGACGGAGCCGUCCCGGGAAAAGGCGCAGUUGUCGCCGAUGGUGAGUUCGGCCGUUGAGGUGGAGGUAGAGGAGGUGAAGGAGGUGCCCCAGAGACCGCGGGCGGAUUUGGUGGUGGCACCGGAUUGAAGAUCGUGCACGUAGAAGAAGGGGCGGGACCCGGUGAGGAGGAUUGAGCUGCCGGAGGGAUGGAACGUUGCGGAGGAGAGGGGUAGUGCAGGGAUAUGGAUGGUGCUCAGAUGCGGAUUCGUGUGGCCAUCAAUGUUGAAGAGACGCAGCCGCCGGUCGGCGCUCGCAGUAAGCAUCACGGGCACACGGGGAGAGGGGUGGAACUGAACGCUCUUGAUCGCGCCCUCCGCCUUGGCGGACACGUUCGCGUCGCGCAGACGCUCGAUGGACAGCGUUCCCGGUGCGAUCGUGCGCGUCUUCUUCCGUGACAACAGCCCGCCCGUCGAUGCAAGGAGGUCGUCCAGUCCCCCAUCUUCCUGCUCCUUUUCGUCCUCCUCAAGCGCGCUGUCGCCUUCAGAGUCGGAUCCGCGUCGCCGCUUUGCCGUUCCGCGCAGCUUUUUGCGCGCCUUAUCCGCCCAUGACGCGGUGCCGUGGAUGCGCUCGUGCUGCCGCCGCAACCGGCGCUCGUAUUCGCGCCCGGAGACAGAAUCGUCCCCUGGAGCAUCGCGAAGUUUGCGGAGCCGGGGUGCGGCGAGUGACACGGUCAGCGAGGCAUCGGCGGGGUCGGUCCAUGCCGGGGCUUUCUUCUUAGACUUUGUUUUCGCGUCCGGAUGUGAUGGUGAUGUGGAGGUAGUGGCCCAGGUAGGGCGAGCGGCGGGAGAGGAGGGGCGGUUGAGCGGGUUGCGGUCGGGUUCUGAGUCGGAGCCGGAAGAUGUGCUUUCGUCCUGGCCGUUUUCUGAUUCUGUGUCGGAGUUGUCUGGUGAAAAGGCAUGUUGGGGUUCGCCGCUGUCGUCUUGCUGGCCCUUUUCAGAAAUUUCGUCUCCUGGCAGGUUAUUGCCAAAGUCGUCUGCGAAGUCCGCGACUGAAGGUCCCUUACUCGUCGACGGCACGGCGUCGUCCACGAAGAACAGGUCAGAAUCGAGCAUCCCCUCCAACUCCCGCCCUGCUGCCUCCACCUCCGGUUGGUCGUGCGCUUCAUCCUCGUCUGGCACGAUCGUCUCCUUCUGUUUUCCCUUCCAGCUUGGCACAUAUGGCACACCAAAGAGGGCGCUCUCGAGCCUGCGCUCCUCGUCAUCCUUGCUUGCAUCGUCGUCUAGAGAGACCGCUGCACCAAGCGGGGCCGCGCCGCGCGUAGACUUAUCAGUGCGCUGCUUUUUGCGUGGGUGACGGGCCAUAUUUUAUUGCUCCUAUGUUCGAGCGAGUAAUCCGGAGGAUACAAGGUGGAU